AUGCUCAAAACCGGCUGUCACCCUUUUAUCAAUGGGCUGCAUACCUCGUACGGAUACGUCCCGUCGCUGGCGGCUGGUAUCGUCUUCUGCGUGCUUUUCGGCCUCUCCAUGCUCGUCCAUCUCGUCCAAAUGGUCUGGAAAAAGCAGUGGUGGUGCUGUGUUUUUAGCAUCGGGUGUAUGGUGGAAGUACUAGGCUGGGCGGCCCGUACGUGGUCAGCAGAGUGUCCGUACAACGCGAAUGCCUUCCUCAUGCAGAUUUCCACCUUGAUCAUCGCCCCCACCUUCUUCACAGCCGGCAUCUACGUCCUCCUGGGCCGCUUCAUCCAAAUCCUCGGCCGGGAAUCCUCCUGCCUCAGCCCCAACCUCUACCUCUGGAUCUUCUGCACCUGCGAUGUCAUCUCCCUCGUCGUCCAAGCCAUCGGCGGUGGUAUCGCCUCCGUCGCAGCAAACGCAGUCGACGGCGACACCGCGCCCGGAACCCACAUCAUGGUCGCCGGUAUCGUCUUCCAGCUGGCCUCGAUUACCGUAUUUGUUCUGUGCGCGGCGGAUUUCGUCCGUCGCACGCUUCGUCGCCGUCUCUUGCAGUCGUUGACGGGGACCGUUGUUCCGCUGCUGGGUGCGAUGGUCUUCUCUGUGCUGUGUAUCUAUGUGCGGUCGAUUUACCGAACUAUCGAGUUGUCCGAGGGCUGGUCGGGUUAUCUGAUUACUACCGAGCGUUAUUUUAUUGCGUUGGACGGUGCUAUGAUGGUUGCCGCGGUGGUUGUCUUCAAUGUUUUCCACCCUGGAUGGUUGCUACCCAAUGAGAAGAACUUGAACUUCCAGCGUGAGAUCCCCUCGGCGGAUGGUAUGGAGAUGGGUCGGUAA